GCGCGCGCGUACACACACACUGGUACCUUCUCACACACAGGUAGAGGCACACGCCAGCCACAGAGCGCUUCGAGACCUCAGAGGGGGUAAACGCACAAAGGCAGGUCCCGUGACACCCGUUUCACGAACUAAGGGACUUACAAACGCCGACUCGCCAGAGCGCAAAGCCGCACAAACACUAGCGGGCUUCUCCAGCCGGGGGAGGGGCGGGGCCUCCAGGGUCGAGGCGGGGUCAAGGGUCAGAAGGCGGAGGCGCGCCCAAGAUGGCGGCCUCCAUGUGCGACGUGUUCUCCUUCUGCGUGGGCGUGGCGGGUCGGGCCCGGGUCGCCGUGGAAGUCCGUUUCGUGAGCAGCGCCAAGGGAAAGGGAUUAUUUGCCACACAGCUGAUCCGGAAGGGGGAGACCAUCUUUGUUGAACGACCCCUAGUGGCUGCACAAUUUCUCUGGAAUGCACUUUAUCGCUACCGAGGAAAGAUGUGGCUUUCGACAUGUUGUCCUGUCUGGCUCGCACCCUCAGCCUGUGACCACUGCCUUCGAGCACUGGAGAAGGCAGAAGAGAAUGCCCAGAGGCUUACUGGGAAGCCAGGCCAAGUGCUGCCUCACCCGGAGCUAUGCACUGUGCGCAAGGACCUCCACCAGCACUGUCCCCACUGCCAGGUGAUGUAUUGCAGUGCAGAAUGUCGGCUGGCAGCUGCUGAGCAGUACCACCAGGUCCUGUGCCUGGGCCCCUCGCAGGACGACCCCCUGCAUCCUCUCAAUAAGCUGCAGGAGGCAUGGAGGAGUGUUCACUAUCCCCCCGAGACCGCAAGCAUCAUGUUGAUGGCCCGGAUGGUGGCCACGGUGAAGCAGGCAAAGGACAAGGACCGUUGGCUCAGGCUCUUCUCCCAGUUCUGUAACAAGACAGCCAAUGAGGAGGAGGAGAUUGUCCACAAACUCCUGGGGGACAAAUUCAAGGGCCAGCUGGAACUCCUGCGAAGACUCUUCACUGAGGCCCUUUAUGAGGAAGCGCUCAGCCAGUGGUUCACUCCAGAUGGAUUUCGGUCUCUCUUUGCUCUGGUUGGGACCAAUGGCCAAGGGAUCGGGACCAGCUCCCUGAGCCAGUGGGUCCAUGCUUGUGAUGCCCUGGAGCUGAAGCCUCAGGACCGCGAGCACCUGGACGCCUUCAUUGACCAGCUGUACAAGGACAUCGAGGCAGCGACUGGCGAAUUCCUUAACUGCGAAGGAUCCGGCCUUUUUAUACUACAGAGCUGCUGCAACCACAGCUGUGUCCCCAAUGCAGAAACCUCCUUCCCAGAAAACAACUUCCUCUUGCAUGUCACCGCCUUGGAGGAUAUUAACCCAGGAGAGGAAAUCUGUAUCAGCUACUUAGACUGCUGUCAGCGAGAACGCAGCCGCCACAGCCGCCACAAGAUCCUCAGGGAGAACUAUCUGUUUGUCUGUUCCUGCCCCAAAUGCGUGGCAGAGGCUGACGAGCCCAAUGUCACUUCGGAGGAGGAGGAGGAAGAUGAUGAGGAGGAGGAGGAAGGAGAACCAGAAGAUGCAGAGCUUGGGGAUGAAAUGACUGAUGUGUGAUGUGGCCCUCUCUGGAAGGAGCUCUGCCAGAUAGGGGACCCUUCCUUCGAAGAGGAGACAUGGAAGGAAUUCCCACUCCUGUUGCCUGCUUUCCCCUUCCAGCUCUCUGUGCCAGAGGGUAGCAUGGAGGCUGGACCCCAGGCCUCCCAUCCUUACAACAACACACGUCCUGGA